AUGGGCGGCGGCAGCGGCUGGGCCAGCCUUACGCGCUACGCCGUCGAGGGGCACGAGAAGGAGCUGGUCGUCAAGGCGUCCGGCUCGCGCCCUCUCGAGUCCAUGUUCCUCGGCGAGGCGCUCGGCCUCCGCGCGCUCGGCGCCUCGGGCUCGAUGGCGGUGCCAGAGGUGUUUGCCUUCGAAGACGGCUCCAACGGCGGCUCGUUUCUCAUCAUGGAGUACAUGGACAUGGGCGGGCGCGUCGACCAGGAGGAGUUCGGCCGGCUGAUGGCUCAGAUGCACCUCGCGGAGCCGCUGGCCAAGGAGGCGAGGGAGGGCAGGUUCGGGUUCGACGUCGACAACACCAUCGGCGCGACGCCGCAGCCAAACGCGUGGACCGCGGGCAGCGGGACCGCCGCCUGGGUCGAGUUCUUCCGCGACAAGCGGAUCGGCUUCCAGGUGCGUAAGGCUGCCGACGCGCGCCUCCGCAAGCAGUGGGAGGCGACGCUCGACGCGACGGACGGCCUCGCGGACCUGUUCGAGGGGCUGGACGUCAAGCCGUCGGUGCUGCACGGCGACCUGUGGAGCGGCAACAUCGCGUCCGCGAAGGGCGUGCCCUGCAUCUUCGACCCGGCGGUCUACUACGGCCACCACGAGGCCGAGUGGGGCAUGAGCUGGUGCGCGUCGCUCGGCCCCGCCUUUUGGCAGGGCUACCGCUCGCUGGUCCCAAAGGACGAGGGCUUCGAGCGCCGCUUCGCGCUGUACGAGGCGUACCACCAGCUCAACCAUUACAACCUCUUUGGCGGCGGCUACUACAACGCCGCGCUCUCGCGGCUCGCGCAGGUCGAGAGCGGCUGA